AUGCUUCAAAAUUUGCCGUUCACAUUAAUCACGGUUGCAAUCAUUUCAGGUACAGACCAUCAGACCAUAAUCGAUAUUUUGGGUCGUCGAACCAGUGCAGAGCGUCUUGCAAUACGUCAAGCCUAUGCUGCAAUCUCCAAGAAGGCAAGUACUUGGGGAAAGAAUUUUAUUUUUUUACUAUCUUUCCUCUCUCUCUCUCCUUCUGUGUCACACUGUAGGUCCAAGGAGACGCGCGGAAAAAGUCUUGGGCAGGCCCUAUACAACGAUCUGAGGGGCGAUUUCCGUGAUUUGGCUAUCACUCUGGUCAAAACGCCGUGGGAGAUCAUGGCAGACGCGAUGUACAAAGCAAUGAAGGGUGCUGGAACUAAGGAAAGGGUUCUUAACGAAAUUCUUGCCGCAUGUUCACGUGAUGAUAUCCCGGAGGUGAAGAAGGCCUAUGAAGAGGCCUAUCCAAAGCAUACACUCGUUAAGGAUAUAAUAGGAGAUACUUCUGGUGAUUAUCGAGAUGCUCUCCUUCUAGUUUUGGAGGGACAGAUGGACGAGCCGUCUCCAAUUCAAUUGAAGAAACUUUGUCCGGAGAAUUUGAGCACUGUAAUCAAUUCUGAAGUGGCCCAUUUUGACGCGCAACUGAUUUAUUCUAAUGGAGAAGGGCGAUUAUUGACACCAGAAAAUCGAUUUAUGCGACCAAUAAUCAAUCGGUCUCCAUGGCAGCUCUACCAAUCCAAUGGGGUUUAUGUGGAAGCCCACGGACACUCGAUUUAUGAUGCUAUUAAAAAGGAAACGUCGGGUGAUUUUAAGAAUUUCCUUCUAUGUAGAGUCCGCUACGCCCUCGACCGACCAACUUUUUAUGCAAAACUUCUUCACUUUGCUAUUGCUGGUCCCGGAACAAGGGAUGCUACCUUGCAACGAGUUUUAGCAAUGAGAGCUGAUAUUGAUCUAGGAACCAUAAAAGAGAGAUACGAAGAGCUCUACAAAGAACCCCUUUCCAAAGCGAUAACAGAGGAUACCUCGAAAUAUUAUCGCAAACUCUGCCUCAAAUUGGUCGCUUCUUAUACGGACGUUUGA